CUGGCUUUGGCAGUGAAAAUGGGCCUAACCCAUCGAUAUCAUCCCCACAAUGCUUUUCAGUUUGUUUGCGAGUUGCUUCCUUGUUUUCCACCCACCCACAAACAGGACAAGGAAAUCAGAGGCGGCGGCGGGGAGCGGUCGCUUCGGGCACCAGGACUGGGUUUCGCCGAAACUCAGACCCGGAAGCGGGUGGGGGUGAUCGGGGAAAGACUUCCUGGUUCAUGAUUCACCAUCACACUGCCUAGAGCCAUUAACAUUUGCCCUUAAACGAUGGAUACAUUGGCUGUUUCCUCUGGAAAGGACUUCACUGACCAUUCUUCUGACAGUCUUCUGGAACCAUCAGAAGAUCCAGACUCAUCCUUGGCUGAAGAACCAUCUUCUAAUAUCAACCCUCCCUGUCGUUUUUUCUUGGAGGGACGCUGCCAUUUUGGUGCCCGCUGCCAAAACUAUCAUCCUGGCGAUGUUGGUGAGGUUCACCAUUUAAAAGAUCUUGGACCUGUCCAUGUUCCUCCCUUGCAGCUCACAGAAGGUAAGAAACCUGCCAUGAAAACAGCUGAGGAUGUCAUUUCCCGACUCCUCUGGGAUACACAGGUACCUGCUGAAUGGUUUUCUAUCGGCUACCUUGACCGGUUCCUGGGGAUCUUGGAGGAAUCUUUUACUUCUUUCUCGUGGGAGGAUCUAGCUUCAGUUGGUCCUGGUGUACUGGCUAUCCCUAAACAUAGGAUCCAAUAUUUUAAAUACAGAGACCGUGUAGUUUGGGACAAAGUCAGUCGCACCGAUGACGUUUUUGGGUCCACUGGAGGUGGGAAAACCAUCUUAGAAGUGAUGAAGGAAGAAGACGCCCGAGCUAAGAAGGAACUAUCGGGUCUUCCAAAUAGCCUCCAAGUUGAAGAAGGGGCAGAUGGGGAUUCAAGCAAGGAUGAAGAGUUGAACGAGACAAGUAGUGGACCGAAGUUAACGAUGGCUUUGGGCAAAGCGGGGGAUAAUUUGGAGUUGGUUGAAGACAUUUCCACUAACCAAGAAGGAAACUUGGUCAGCAAAGAAAAGGAAAGAGUGAUAGUCGGCUCAGUUAAGUGUGAAGAAUUCAAACAUGCUUGUGCUGUCGGAAUAGAAAAUGAACCGGUGGCGGCGAAGAGAGAAAACGUGGAUUUGGAAAAGGGGGGAAGGAGGAGCUUCUCCUAUCCGAAGGAGCGCCCCACCCAUUUCAUAGCUAUCCCAAUCACCAGCCCAGAAAUCUGGGAAGCUGUGAAACAUUUCCAGGAGGCCCUAUGUGCUGUCAGCUCAGAUUACGCUCCCUUCUGUGUGCCCAGAGCUACACUGCAUAUUACGCUUUGCCUGUUGCACUUGGAAACCCCUGAAGAAAUACACAAAGCGAUGAUGGCUCUGGAAGAACUUCAGGCUGGUUUUCAGCGACUGCUGCCCCCGGUCCUGCUUCUCUCCUUCCGUAACGCGGAGUCUUUUAAUUCACGGGUUUUGUACUUGACACCAGACCCUGUACCCCAACUGGGAGCCCUGGCUCAGAGUCUGGAAGACACUUUUACGAAAAAGGACUUGACCGUGAUUUGCCCUCCCUCCAAAGGGAAGUUCCAUUUGACCAUCGUGAAAGUUCCUCCUAGGAAGGGAAUGCCACAGCUCCCAUCAGGUUUGGCUUGGGCUCCUACGAUUGAGGAUUUAGGAGUCCAGGCAGUAGAAUCCAUAGGUUUCUAUGAGGUAGGAAAAGGCAAAAGAACUGAUAAUGUGUACGUCAGCAUACUGAAAUUGGAUUUAUAUGGAGGAAGAGGAACUUAGUGGGAGAUCCCUUUCAAAUGCACAUCUAUUCCUAACAGUUGGGCAACUUGAAACUGUAUGAACUUCAACUCCCAGAAUUCCCCAGCAGCAUCGGUUUGGAGCACUUUAAGUAAACUCUAAUGGGAAAGAUGAUCAAAAUGGGGCAGAGAAAACAAGAGCAGGAACAUUGCAAUAACGAUUAUAUAUAUUUGCCUUACUUGAUUUAAAUAGAUUAAUAAUAAAAGCAAGGCGUUUUUACAAUCCCUUUUCAGAUACUUUAAAAUAGCGUUAUAGGUAUGCUGCAUUUUUAGACUCCUUUGUAUUGAUGGUAGAAAUGAAGGAAGGGGGGACUACAUCUUUUUCUGGAAUUGCUGUCCACAGAUGAUCCUACAAAAGGACAUUCUGCUUUAAGGUGUUGCAAAGGGCUGACUGAAAUAUUGUCGCAUUUGUAUGCUCCAAGGCUGCUUCUGAUGAGUAAAUCCAAUAUGCUAAACCAACCCUGAAAAAAAGACCUUGAUGCAUAAAUGGUGCUGCAAAGCGCUGACUGAAAUACGGGAAUUUUAUCUGUAUUAAACCAAAGUCCUUUGAGGUUGCAAAGAUGGAAGAGAAUAAAGAACAAUAUAAAGUAUGGUAA